UGAUGGCAGCAGUGACACCAGUGUGUUAGUGGUGCCCUACCCUGAGCUGGUACCUGUGGUCUUCUUCUGCCUUAAGCAGACAACCUUUCCCCGCAGCUGGUGCAUCCGCAUGGUCUCCAGCCCAUGGUUCGAACGUGUGAGUAUGAUGGUGAUCCUGUUGAACUGCGUUACCCUGGGAAUGUACCAGCCCUGUGAGAACAUCGACUGCUCCUCAGACCGAUGCCAGAUACUACAGGCCUUCGAUGCGUUCAUCUAUAUCUUCUUUGCUAUGGAGAUGGUUGUAAAAAUGAUCGCUCUGGGGAUCUUUGGUCGACGCUGUUACCUCGGGGACACGUGGAACAGGCUGGAUUUCUUUAUCGUCAUGGCAGGGAUGGUCGAGUACUCUCUGGACCUGCAGAACGUCAACUUCACGGCCAUCAGAACAGUGAGGGUGCUGCGGCCACUCAAAGCAAUUAACAGGGUGCCAAGCAUGCGUAUCCUUGUGAACCUGCUGCUCGACACGCUGCCCAUGCUGGGUAACGUCCUUCUCCUCUGCUUUUUCGUCUUCUUCAUCUUCGGCAUCAUAGGAGUGCAGCUGUGGGCGGGGCUGCUGAGAAACCGCUGCUACCCCGAGGAGAAUUUCACACUCAGUAGCGGAGUCAGUCUCCCUCGGCCUUACUACAUGGCUGAUGAGGAUGACGAGCGUCCUUUUAUCUGCUCCCUUCCUGUUGACAAUGGCAUCAUGUCUUGCUCCGAUGUGCCGGCCCGCCGAGAAGGAGGCAAGACGUGCUGCCUGGACAAAGAUGACAUCCUGUAUCGCCAGUCCAUCGGUCUGAGCCCCGAGCCCCUGGCCAACGGCAGCGUCAGUGUAGCAGGGCUCUGUGUGAACUGGAACCAGUACUACACCAGGUGUCAUACUGGGUACAGCAACCCCCACAAAGGAGCCAUCAACUUUGACAACAUUGCCUUUGCCUGGAUUGUCAUCUUUCAGGUCGGUUCCUUCUUCAUGAUCAACCUGUGCCUCGUGGUCAUUGCCACCCAGUUCUCAGAGACCAAGCAGCGGGAGCAUCAGCUGAUGCAGGAGCAGCGAGCUCGGUGUUCAUCCUCCUCCACCCUGGCCAGUGAACCUGGGGACUGCUACGAAGAGCUCUUCCAGCUGGUCUGCCAUUUCCUCCGAAAGGCAAGGAGGCAAACUGUUGCCCUUUUUAACACCCUCCGGGGGAAACCUCGUGGCUUUCAUGGUGUUGGAAGAGGAAGAGGAGGCGGGGAAGGAAGGGAGAGGAAGGCCAAUGGACGUGAAGGACGUGACAGAAGAGCGGGGUUAAGACAUGGCCCGCCAUGUCCCCAUCACAACAAACUAGGCCAUGCCUCAUCCGCUGAGCCCGUGGCCCUCACUGCUGCCUCUGCCACAGACGGCUGCCCUCAGUGCGCGGCAGCGCUGGCGCUCUCUGACGGGGUGGGACCAGUUCGAAAUGCAGCGAGUGACGAAACAGAAGAGGGAACUGUGGAGGAAUCAGACAGGGAUGGUGUACAGUCCGGUACUAAAGGGAAGGACAAACAAGGCCAUGAAGGUGCAGAGUCCUGUUGUAGUCCGAAGAAGGGAUGCAAGGAGCUGUGGUACGAGAUCAGGAUGAAACUGUGGGGCAUCGUGGAGAGCAAGUAUUUUAACCGAGGCAUCAUGAUCGCCAUUUUGAUCAACACCAUCAGCAUGGGCAUUGAGCACCACGAGCAGCCAGAGGAGCUCACCAAUGUUCUGGAGAUCUGCAACAUCGUCUUUACAAGCAUGUUCUCCUUGGAGAUGAUCCUCAAGCUCACAGCUUUUGGCUCUUUCAACUACCUGAGAAACCCUUACAACGUCUUUGAUGGAAUCAUUGUCAUCAUAAGUGUGUGUGAGAUCAUCGGCCAGUCGGACGGUGGUUUGUCUGUUUUGAGGACCUUCAGGCUGCUGAGGGUGCUGAAACUGGUGAGGUUCAUGCCAGCUCUCAGGAGACAGCUGGUGGUCCUGAUGAAGACCAUGGACAACGUGGCCACCUUCUGCAUGUUACUAAUGCUCUUCAUCUUCAUCUUUAGUAUCCUUGGGAUGCACAUUUUUGGAUGCAAAUUCAGUCUUAAGACGGAGACGGGAGACACCGUACCAGAUAGGAAGAACUUUGAUUCCUUGCUGUGGGCCAUUGUCACCGUUUUUCAGAUUCUGACCCAGGAGGACUGGAACGCAGUUUUGUACAAUGGUAUGGCGGCGACCUCACCGCUUGCUGCUCUGUACUUUGUGGCCCUCAUGACAUUUGGAAACUACGUCCUCUUCAACCUGCUGGUCGCCAUCCUGGUUGAAGGCUUUCAGGCGGAGGGUGAUGCAAAUCGUUCAUAUUCAGAUGAUGAUCACUCCUCCUCCAACUUUGACGAGAGUGAAAAACGCGACUCCAUCAAGUUGUCUGACCCGAGGAUCUGCACCCUGACACCAAACGGCCACCUGGAGCUGGGUGCCCUUUCAGCACCCAGGGGAUCCUACUCCUCGGAGAGGCGGAGCUUCACCAUGGAGUCUAGAAAGAGCAGCGUUAUGAGCCUGGGCAAGAGCAGCCUGGAGAGACGCUCCCUCUCCCUGCGCCACAGUCGCAGUUCCAACUACCACAACUGGGGGCGUCCGUUCCCUCCGCAUUCUGGAUGGAGUCGCAGGUCUAGCUCAAACAGCCUAGGUCGAAGGAGCUAUGGGUUCAGCGGAUUUCCUCCAGUGGGAGGCAGCCUCCGCUUGCACAGCACCCGCUCGCCCCACUCCUACACCUAUGCGCCAGAGCAGGAGUCCCUUCUUUCCCACCCAGCCCACUCCCAUCAUCCUCUGCCCCCUCAUCAUCCACCUCCGCCCCCAUUUUUCCUCUCCAGGCAUUUUGCUGCAAGGAGAGAUCGGCGGGCUCUUUCCCUCGAACUCCCUGAAUUGUUUCGGGCAGGUGGACAGCCGCCAGGCCUUCCUCCCAUCCACCCAGACGCUGGCAAAAGGAGUGGGUCUGGAGCGGGGGGCUCCAUUACAGGAGGGUCUGUGGCCGGCAGCGGUUUAGGAGUGGAUCACCGGGACUGUAAUGGCAAGGCACCAGGUCCCCACACUCAGCUUAUGGUUGAGGUUUUCCCUCAAGUCAAUGCACGCAAGGACAGAACAGACCUUGAUGAAGAAACAGACUAUAGUUUGUGCUUCCGUAUCCAGAAGAUGAUGGAGGUGUAUAAGCCAGACUGGUGUGAAACCAGAGAGGAGUGGUCAGUCUACAUGUUCUCCCCUCAGAAUAAGUUCAGACUGCUCUGCCAAUCUAUUAUUGCCCAUAAACUCUUUGACUACGUGGUGCUGGCCUUCAUAUUCCUCAAUUGCAUCACAGUGGCUCUGGAGAGGCCAAAGAUUCUUCAAGGUAGCCUGGAAAGACUGUUUCUUACCAUUUCCAACUACAUCUUUACUGCCAUCUUCGUUGGGGAGAUGACUCUCAAGGUGGUGUCUAUGGGUCUGUAUUUGGGGGAAACUGCCUAUCUGAGAAGCAGCUGGAACAUUCUAGAUGGUUUCUUGGUCUUCGUGUCUCUGAUUGACAUCGUAGUGUCCAUGGCGGGUGGGGCUAAGAUCCUCGGGGUUCUCCGUGUGCUCAGGUUGCUCAGGACACUCCGUCCUCUCAGGGUGAUCAGCAGAGCUCCAGGACUGAAGCUGGUGGUUGAGACCCUAAUCACGUCCCUCAAGCCCAUCGGCAACAUUGUCCUCAUCUGCUGUGCCUUUUUCAUCAUCUUUGGCAUCCUUGGUGUUCAGCUUUUCAAAGGAAAGUUCUACUACUGUGUGGGUCUCGAUGUGAAGAAUAUCACCAAUAAAUCUGACUGCCUGGCUGCCAACUAUCGAUGGGUUCACCACAAAUACAACUUUGACAACCUUGGACAGGCUCUUAUGUCCCUGUUUGUGCUGGCAUCAAAAGAUGGCUGGGUCAACAUCAUGUACCAUGGACUAGAUGCAGUGGGAAUUGACCAGCAGCCGUUGACCAACAACAACCCGUGGAUGCUGCUCUACUUCAUCUCCUUUUUGCUGAUCGUCAGCUUCUUCGUCCUUAACAUGUUUGUGGGUGUGGUCGUGGAGAACUUCCACAAAUGUCGGCAGCACCAGGAGGUGGAGGAGGCCAGAAGACGUGAGGAGAAACGCCAGCGUCGCAUGGAGAAGAAAAGGAGAAAGGCACAGAAGCUGCCCUACUAUGCAUCCUAUGGUCCUACACGCCUGGCUAUCCAUGCUCUGUGUACCAGCCACUACCUGGACCUGGUCAUCACCUUCAUUAUCUGCAUUAAUGUCAUCACCAUGUCUCUGGAGCACUACAACCAACCACAGUCUCUGGAGACUGCAUUAAAGUACUGCAACUACUUCUUCACGUCCACGUUCGUGAUCGAGGCCUCUCUCAAACUGGUAGCUUUUGGCUUUCGGCGCUUCUUCAAGGACAGGUGGAACCAGUUGGAUUUGGCCAUUGUGCUGUUGUCAGUGAUGGGCAUCACUCUGGAAGAGAUUGAGAUCAAUGCCUCGCUCCCCAUCAACCCCACCAUCAUCAGGAUCAUGAGGGUGCUCAGGAUAGCACGAGUGUUGAAGUUGCUGAAAAUGGCAACGGGGAUGAGAGCUCUUCUUGACACCGUGGUCCAAGCUCUGCCUCAGGACACCCUGAGAGAGUGCCCGCCCGAUCGUCCAGGAACCGACUACGGCUGUCAUGCCGGACUGCAGUUCAUCUCCCCGAUGUAUUUCGUGUCCUUCGUGCUCACAGCUCAGUUCGUACUGAUAAACGUGGUGGUUGCCGUGCUGAUGAAACAUCUGGACGAUUCCAACAAGGAGGCACAGGAGGAUGCCGAGAUGGAUGCAGAGAUUGAAUUGGAGUUGGCCCAGGGAGGCCUGUGCUGCAUGAUGGGAGGCAUCGGAGCCAUCGCUGGGGCCACCGUUGCCACUGCGAGCGGGGCGGGCGUGGGCGGCGGAGUGUCUGGCGCAAUUACAGCGGGAACAGUCGGAGGCCCAAGUAGCGGAUUGAUGGCACCACUUCGAGAUGGAGGAGGAGGGAGCGCUACUCAUGAGGGACACACUCACCCUCGAUGUCGCCUCUACUCCCCUGCACAGGAGAGCCAGUGGCUGGACAGCGUCUCUCUGCUGAUUAAGGACUCGUUAGAAGGAGACCUGAUCGACAAUCUCUCCGGUUCAGUUUUUCACCACUACGGCUCUCCUCCUAUCUGCAAAGACUGCAAGAGUCAUCCUCAAGAGGUGCGACUGGCAGAGGUGGAGCAGGCAUCGCUGAUGUCAGAGCAGCUGUCCGACAAGUCGUCAUCUCCAGCUCUGCCUGAUGACCUGAGUUUGGAUGAAAACAGCAGCUACCAGCUGCUGGUCAGAGACAGCCAGAGGGGCAGCAGUGACUCCCGCAGUUCGGAGGAGUUGCCCAGACAGGCGGGUUACAGAGGGUUUCGUCCCUCCAGCUCAGGAAGCGAGGAGGGUGUCCAGGGGCUGUUUGAAGUGGGCAUCCAUCAUCAGUGCAAUCCUGCCUCACCGGAGCAGAAAAGCCCUGCACAUGACAAAGAUGAUGAUGAUGGAGGAAGCUGCAGUGGAGGCGCUCGUGAAACGUCACCAGUGUUGCAUCUACUGGCAGAUUUCUUCCACCCAGCUGCUGCAGCUCAUCCAAACAGUCCUGGAAACAGCGUAAGCCCAGGAGACAGACGGCCUUCCAGGUCGGCCUCCCCAGCCUCCUGGGCAUCCCUCCGCUCACCCAGAGCCAACAGCAGGCCGUUGGGCUCCCAGCACCCGUCCCACAGUGACUCCUCUUUGGCCACAGGCAGUUCAGAGGGCAGCCUGCAGGCAACACUGGAAGAAGGGCUGAGCUUCAGCGUCUCCUCACCUCGAUAUCUGGAUCUCCCCACACCCCACCUCUGCCCUGUCCCCAGCCACCCCUCGCAACGCCAGACACCGACUACAGGAGACCAGGGCUGCUCUUUACUAAAGAGACACAGUACUCCUUUGACCCUCCAAGCCGCCCGGAGGCACCAGAGGAGCCAGAGCAGCAGCAGAGGCGGCAGCACCAGCCCCGGUUGCCCCCAGCAGGACUCCAUGGACCCGUCAGAUGAGGAUGUUGGCAUGGGGACAAACCGGGAUGACUGCCGUCAAACCUUCAGCAGCGAGCACCUGUCAGAAACACUGAACAGUCUCUCCCUUACGUCGCUGUUUACCCCGGACUCUUUGGCACCCCCGCUGGUGAAGAAAUGCAACAGCACAGGGUCUCUGGACCUAACGAAUCUGUCUGCCCGGAGUAAAGAUGGCCACCACUUUCAUGGCAUACACGUCCAUGGUUUCUUAUCCAACCCCUUGACAGAGGGAAUGGCAAGAGGUGAAGAGCAAGACAUCACAGGCCUCAGCAUGAAAAGCAGGCGUCAGACCGCAGACACAUGCUCCAGGAAAAACAGAUGAAACACUUGUUGCCUCUCUGUAGUGGAACUCUUUAACCAUUUGCAUUUCUGGACCUUGAACAGAACAGGGAGAGAUUUUUAAUACACGUCCUGUGAACCGGAAUCUGAAAUUCUCUCUUGUCUUUAUUAAAUCAUUCGUUCUCUCUCUCUCUCUCUGUUUAGGAUCAGUCAUUUCUCAAAAGAUUCCAGUCGCUUCUGAGUUUUGGCAUCAUUUCUCUUACACAGGAUAUACGAUUGCUCUUUGCUAAGUCUUAACAAUAAUGUCAAGGAGCUCAGCUUUUUUGUUAACAGGACUGAGCCUUUGAGAUGUGGCAGAUCCUGGGUUUUAUAUUAUAGCCAUCUUGAGAGAAUAUUCAGAAAGCCAUUACAGAGACAGCCCUGAAAAUUGCAGUGAUUUGUGAACAUUACAAAGGCGGUGUUUUCUAGAUGAAACUGUUAAGAAGUUCAAUCCUCGAUAAGGACCGGGUUCACUUUACUCUGCCUGAACCAUUGUCCAAAAACCCUGUUGUCAAAAUUGGACAGAUGGCAAACUCGGAAGCUUCUUUUGAGGAAGAACUGAACUUUGUACAGUUUUCUUUUCGUGUUUUUUUGUAAUGUCCAUGGCUAAUAGUAGCAUCAACCUUUUUUUUUCUUUGGAAGAUUUGGCGGGUGAUGGAAAAGUUGUCUUUUGUUUUGUUUUUUCCAACUUCAACAUUUUGAAGUUGCGUGAAUGUACCCGCUUCUGUCUUCAUUUGUGAGAAAGAGGGAGACCGAGACAAGCAAUGAGCCUGGCUAGUCUGAACAGUGACAGAUGGCCUCUUUGAUAAGAAGAAGACUGUGAAUGCUGCUGAGAAUGCGUGUGGGUAAUUCAUGGAAGCAUUGGCCACUUUCAGAGUGGACUCUGUAUUUUUUGCUUUCUGCACACCCAUGAAAGGGCUAAAAUGUAUUUAAGUGUAGACCUGGGCCAAAUACAAUUGACAAAUAAUCUUUUGCUACUAUACCUAACACCGUGUUUGACAAUGGCACAUCAACAACAGCUCUGAAGCUAAAGUGAGCACUGACUUGGGAGACUGGAAGUUGGAUGCUAAGUUAAAUGUCUUUAAGACUUCCAAGCACCAGCUUCCUGCUGACCACUGAAUCAGAGCCUAUAGAAGUAUACUGAGUCAUACCAAAACAAAAGAAGAUUUCCAAAAAUUGAAGUUAAUCUGAUGGUUUAUCUGAUAAACUUUCAGGAUGAUAACUAAGUCCCAAAAGCCCCGUCUGUCUAUACAAGUCACAGUGUCCCCAACAACACCCAGUUCCUGUUCUGGCCAGCAUCCAUAUUAAUGUUUUAUAUCCACAUGAUGCUCGUCUGCACAGUGAAAGUGUAUGCCACAUCCAGCUGAUUGGCCUCCUACAGCUGGUGCUCGUUCACACUGCUGCUGCUCCUGGUUUGGACGCACAAACAACUGAAACAUUGUGGAAAAACAUGGUCAAGUAAUAUUAAUGCGAUGUUCCAGAUGUACACCACACUCAAGUAUACUGGUCGGGACUCCAGUGAACCUCAUCAGUCAUACUGCACUGUGUCCUGGGUGUGUGUAUAAACGUUGGUAGUAAGUGUAGUGAGUGUGAACGUAGCAAAAAAAAAGAAAACGUUGAACUUUUGGCUGACAUAGGCUUGUUAAGUUGUACUUUGAACAAAGUGUCUAUCUUUGGAUAGGCUCUGCUUUUGUACCCGCAGCCUUAGCCCGCUGACACGCAGCCACCUCUUCAGUUCUAUUAUUGUCACGAGUACAGGCCCUUGUUUGAGUGCCCUGUGGCAGGGCUAAUCACUAGGUUGGUAACACGUCAAUAGACCGUCCCUCGUUUGAGUCAGCCAGAAGCACUCCUGUUUCAGUCUGAAACAAAAGAGCACCUAUUGUCUUAUACGUGCGUGCUGUUCUCUGGGCCGGGUCUCGGCAUUUGAAGCAAACCAGAUGAGAUUUAACGCAGUCUUUAAAUCCUUCCGCCUGUUUUAAAUGUACCUGAGUCUCUCAGGAGUGGAGCAGGCUGCCUGGCAUGUGCAUGGGAAACACAAGGGAUGGUUUCUUCUUAAAGAGUCGGUGUACAGAUUAGCGGGAAUUCAGCAAAUGGAAAUCACUGUUUUGUUUGCUGCUUUAAACCCAAAUGUUUAUUUGACUCAGGUCUGCUUGAGUGUAGCAAGACAGUAGAAAAAAAUAUAUACUAUGACAAGCAAUGUGGUCCACGUGGAUGUAGUUUGAGCACAUGUUUGUAAUUUUAUCAAAUUGUGAUGAUCAUCAUAGAAUAAAUCCCGAGCAGGUAGACCUCAGGUGGACCUAUAUGCACCUCAUGCAUUGCAUCGUCACAUAUAACACACACACACACACAUCCUGAAGCACAUACACACACACGCAUAUCACACAAAGAUGUCAGCGUCAAAACACUGCGGGACGCUUCUGUGGCUGUUUGAGAAGAGGCAGAAGAAACCUCGGUGUUUAAUCUCUUUCUCUACUUUGUCUUCAUUCCCCUCCUUACUCCCAUCCGAUCCUAUUAUCUCCUUUCCACAAGAAGCCAGAGUACUAAAUGACUAUUGACUACCCACCUCUAAUCGAGAUAUGCAAUAUGCUACAGUAGAUGUACAGUUAGAUGUAUGGGAUUCAUAGAGGGUAGGCAAUAUGGUGAGAGAAGAUUAUAUUUAUGAAUUCAUGUAUUCGAAUAAAAUGUCACCAAGAUUCAAAGGUCACUGAAAGGAUGAUGUAUUCAUGUAUUCCAGCGUGUGUGUUCUCUCUUUUUUCCCUCCAUCUCCUCGACACGGUUUUCUUUUUCCCAAAUGCAUGUAGGUUAUUUUUGUUUUCCAAAAUGUCAUUCUAGUGUCAUAUAAAAGUGAGAUAGCUUUUCAACAA